GCCAGCAAUUUUCGGUGUUAUAUAAAGGGAAGAAGAUAAAAUAGCUGAAACCCUAAAUCCUCCAUCAAAAUCUGUAGAGAGCUUUGUAACAAUGGCGGAUUGGACUAAGAAGACCAUCCUUAGAAACGAAGCUCUUCAAAAGUAUAUCUAUGAAACAAGUGCUUAUCCCAAAGAGCACGAGCAAUUGAAGGAAUUAAGAGAAGCAACUGUUCAAAAGUACAAUGAUUUGAGCGUCAUGAACGUUCCUGUGGACGAAGCCCAGUUCUUAGCCAUGCUUUUAAAGCUGAUGAAUGCCAAAAAAACACUGGAAAUUGGGGUUUUCACAGGCUAUUCCCUUCUUACUACUGCCCUUACAUUGCCUGAGGAUGGCAAGGUUAUAGCAAUUGACCCUGAUAAAGAAGCAUAUGAGGUAGGGGCACCAUUUAUUAAGAAAGCUGGAAUGCAACAUAAGAUUGAGUUCAUCCCCUCAGAUGCCUUUUUAGUUUUAGAUGAUCUUAUAAAAAAUGGUGAAGAAGGGAGCUUCGAUUUCGUAUUUGUAGAUGCAUACAAAAGCGAUUACCUAAAAUUCCAUGAGCUGACGCUGAAAUUAGUAAAAGUCGGAGGAAUUGUAGCUUACGACAACACGCUAUGGUACGGAUCAGUUGCGCAAUCAGAGAAAGAAGUGGUGGAGGAUCUCAUUAAGAGGUACCGGAAUUUUGUGGUCGAAUUCAAUAGCUUUAUCGCAGCCGAUCCUCGAGUCGAGUCAUCACUACUUUCCAUUGGCGAUGGACUCACCCUCUGCAGGCGUCUCCAUUAGAAUAUAAAAGGAAAAAAAGACCUAGUUCUUCUUGAUUCUUAAUGUUUAAUAACGAGAUGCUAUCGUGAGAUUCACUGAUAAUAUUUAGAUUUAUGUACCAACUGUUUAAUAGAUACAAACUUUGUGGAGUUAGUAUUUGUUACACUGAUAAUAUACUUUUUUUUAUUCCACAA